AUGGUUAGAGUCGCUAUUAACGGUUUCGGUAGAAUUGGUAGAAUUGUCUUGAGAAUUGCCUUAUCUAGACCAAAUGUUGAAGUUGUUGCUAUCAACGAUCCAUUUGUCUCUGUUGACUACGCUGCUUACAUGUUCAAGUACGAUACCGCUCACGGUAGAUACAAGGGUGAAGUUACCCACGAUGGUAAGAACUUGAUCAUUGACGGUAAGAAAGUUUUGGUCUUUGAGGAAAGAGACCCAGCUCAAUUGCCAUGGGGUGAACACAAGAUCGAUGUUGCUAUUGACUCCACCGGUGUCUUCAAGGAAUUAGACACUGCUCAAAAGCACAUUGACGCUGGUGCCAAGAAGGUUGUUAUCACUGCUCCAUCUUCUACCGCUCCAAUGUUUGUUGUUGGUGUCAACGCUGACAAAUACACCCCAGACUUGAAGAUUGUUUCCAACGCUUCUUGUACCACCAACUGUUUGGCUCCAUUGGCCAAGGUUAUCAACGACAACUUUGGUAUUGCUGAAGGUUUGAUGACCACUGUCCACUCCACCACCGCCACCCAAAAGACUGUCGAUGGUCCAUCCAAGAAGGACUGGAGAGGUGGUAGAGGUGCUUCCGCUAACAUUAUUCCAUCCUCCACCGGUGCUGCCAAGGCUGUCGGUAAGGUUUUGCCAGAAUUGAACGGUAAAUUGACCGGUAUGGCUUUCAGAGUCCCAACCAUUGAUGUUUCCGUUGUUGAUUUGACUGUCAACUUGGAAAAGCCAACCACCUACGAAGAAAUCAAGGCUGUUGUCAAGAAGGCUUCUGAAACCACCAUGAAGGGUGUUUUGGGUUACACUGAAGAAGCUGUUGUUUCCUCUGAUUUCUUGGGUGACGCUCACUCUUCUAUCUUCGAUGCUGCUGCCGGUAUCCAAUUGUCUCCAAAAUUCGUCAAAUUGGUCACCUGGUACGAUAACGAAUUCGGUUACUCCACCAGAGUUGUCGACUUAGUUGAACACGUUGCCAAAUAA